GGACGGGCCGCGGAACGGGGCGCUUGCGCGCGCGAGGGCGGCAAGUCCCGAAGGCUGCGGACUACCGCUUCUGCGGUCCGGGCUGUUGAGCGAGGCCAGGCGGGCGGGGCGCCGAGAAGGGUUGAAAGCAGAGGUGUGGCUGUUGGGUCUGCCGGGCGAGAUGGAGACUGAGUCGAAGCCGAAACUACACCUUCGCCCCUUCUGCUUCAGCGUGAAAGGCCCUGUAAAGAUGCUGCGGCUGGCACUAACUGUGACAUCUAUGAUCUUUUUUAUUAUUGCGCAAGCCCCUGAACCAUACAUUGUUAUCACUGGAUUUGAAGCCACCGUUAUUUCCUUUUUCAUAAUUUUAUAUAUUCUCAGACUUGAUCGAUUGAUGAAAUGGUUCUUUUGGCCUUUGCUUGAUAUUAUCAACUCGAUGGUAACAACGUUAUUCAUGAUCAUCGUAUCUGUGUUGGCACUGAUGCCAGAAACUACAACACUGAUAAUCAUUGGAGGAGUGGUUGGAUUUGUGGCAGCACUGUGCUGUAUUGCUGAUGGCAUCCUAAUUUACCGGAAACUCUUGUUUAAUCCAAGUGGUCCUAACGAGAGAAAAACCGUUCAAGGCAAAAAGGAAGUUUUGUAAUUUUAUAUUUCUUUUUAGUUGGUCCUGAGUAUUAAAUGUAUUUCUUUAUUCUUUCAUAUA